AAUUUAAAUAUUAAAUAGAUAAAAAAAAAUACAGAUGAAAAUAACAGAAGAAAUUCAAAAAAUAAAAUAAACCCACCACAUGGACAGCAAUUCGAAGAUGGCUUCUUUGUUUCCAUCUCCUCCAGACUGCCCCGUUGAUUCAGCUCUCCUCCUCCUCUCCACCACACCUCCUUCUCUAUCUCCUCUCAAUGCCGAGACAUCAAAGGACAAAAAGAACAGUGAAGAGGGCUUGAGCGUGGCUUCUGUUGGAUCGAAAUCAUCCUCUUCGUAUCUCACCAGUGAUAUUCGCUCUAAGGAGGUUCGACCGCAUAAGCUGAGCUUUGUCGCCGUUGAAACUAGCUGCCAUGAACUCAUGAAACUCGAGGUCGUGGCAUUAUCUGCAUGUUAUUUCUACUACUAGUUGCUUGUUAAUUUAGUUGCUGAUUUAGUUCAAAUUUGAUGAAUAUCUCAACGACUGAGUGAUCUAAGCUUUAAAUUUAGAAAUAAUCUAAUUGGAUUUGUGUUUGGCUCCAUUGUAUGGAUGAAUUAAUUUUGGAAAGAUGACUGUCCUAAAGCAGGAGAGCAAACAUCUUUAAGGGCACACAUGGAGACCAUCGAAUUUGAAACUAGGUGUCAAAUAAGAGGCAGGGAAGCAAGGACUGAAAAUGAAUGGCAAAACCAAAACAAUUAAGAAAAAGGACAAAGAAAGUUCUCAAGCUCUU